AGAGAAAAAGAAUAAGAGGUAGAGGAAGAAGAAGAGGAAGAAGAAGAACAAGAAGAGGAGGAGGAGGAGGAAGAAGCUUUGAAGCUAGAGACCAGGGCUUGCUGCUCGCUCGCCGCUUACGUACCAGCAAGAGCGGGCCGCGUUGUGUAAGAGCUGAAAGUAAAAGUUGAAACCGCCGACUCGAGCUCGCGGGAGCGCGUGCUGCGCGCGCUAAAAUCCGAUCCUGCCUCCUGUAGGCUGGGCACAAGCCGAAUAUCCCCUGCCUCUCUCUCUCUUUCUCCGCGGUCCGAAUAUACCUCCUGCCAGUCUCUCUUUCACCGGGCGGCUUUUCGGCGCACCCGUUCUUUCUUCCGAGGAAAGACCCCCCAAAAAAAGGAAGGUUUCACCGAGUGCGCGCUUGGUGUGUGCUUGGAUUUCGCGUGAUCGCCGCUCCGCACGCCCUUGACGAGGAACGGCAGCGCGGAGGAUCUACGUGCCCCGAUGGACAAGUCGGAGAGGGCGUGCUAAGGAAAGAGCAAGGAGAGCAGAGAGAAGAGAGAGAGAGAGAGAGAGAAGAGAGGAACACUGCGAACUCCGUUCCAUUGCGUAACGACGUUUUCUAGUCCGCUGCUUCGCGAAAUAUAUACUCGCGCUCUCUCGCGCGAGUAUUUCGCUCGCUCGUUCGUUCGUUCGUUCGCGGAGGUGUACGCCGCGUGAGAGACGAGUGAGUGUGCACGGUGUAGCGACAUAAGUUGUUGUUCGUCGUCCUAGUGCGGAUAAAGCGGAUACCCGGUCGAAAAGGCGACACUCGCGGCCGACGGCGAGCAGCGGGCCGACGAAGCGAGAACGAACGAUGGAAAGUAAUUGGCCCCGCGCGUUUCACUUCGUCCAGCGCGGAACGCGAGUGUUCAAGGUCACCGUCGCUGGUAUCCCGGCACCGGUAAUCCGUUUCCGGAGUUGCUAGAGAGCGGUCUUCAUCAUCGCGAGCGGCAUCCCGACAGCCAACCGUGGAAGGACUCUCGACGCGUGCGAAUUUAACCCGCCUCUCUUUCUCUCUCUCUCUCUCUCUCUCUCGCUCUCCCUCCCUCCCUCUCUCUCUCUCUCUCUCUCUCCUCCCUCUUUCUCUCUCUCCUCUCUCUCUCUCUCUCUCUCUCUCCCCGGGGUUCACGAUCGGCAGCGCGCUCGCUUUUACCUCGCCGCCUCGUCCGGGCGCAGAAGUUUCGCAAAAGGGAUUACAACACGCAGAAGAGAAAGGAGACAGACGGACGGAAAGGGUGACGCGAAAGGGAAAAGGACGGCGAAGAAAGAGAGGGACAGACCGUGACAGAGAGGGAGAGGGAGGAGGAUAAGGAGAAGGAGGAGAACGAGGUGGAGAAGGAGGAGAGGAACACACCGCGAUACAACAUCCGUGUGCGGGAAAACCGCAGGGGGAGGCGAGGGACUCGCGGGGGAAGAAUUUCUCGCGCGAAGGACGGGAGUCCUCGCGAUCGUCGCGCGUGCUUCGCGACGACGAGGAAGGCGUCGAGCCGGGGGAGAAGCAGCCGAGGGGGCUCUCUCGAAACCGAGGAGAAAGAGGCGGAGGAGAGCAGACCGCGGUAGUGAAGGACGUGUCUGAAAGACGAUCCGGAUGUGGCGGGAUCCAUUCGCUUUCCGUUCUCCUGCUCGCUCGUUGAUCGUUACCGAGCGCCGACGACGUUGAGAAAUCCGCGGAGGCAAUCCCGAGGGAUCUUUCAGAAUCCGCGUGACACCGCUGAGGAGCCGGGAACGCGCGGUUCGGGGACACGCGGCCCCCGAGUGGAAUUAAAAGUGCGUUUAAAAAGGUUAGCGGGAUAAAAAAGGCGCGCGCGCGCGAAAGGAUAAGAGAAAGGAAUAGGAGCCACCUCCGAGUCCUUGAGAGUACUCAACGGGUAAAAGUGCCGCGCGCAGAGCCAGCCGGUUGACCCUGGGCAGUCAGCGGAGCAGAUCCCGCUGGAAAAAAGUUCUCCACCGUCGCCGCCGUCAUCGUCGUCACCCUUCGUCAUCAUCCUCGUCGUUCUUGCGAACCUCGCCAUCUCGCCACCAGCUGCCGAGCCUCUUUCUCUCUCGCUCCCGGUCGUCUACGCGUCAAGUUUCGCAUCGAGGACGCGUGCAUACGCGUGCGUGCGUCGUGCGAAGCCACGUGUGUGCGACAUCGCGCGGCAUCGGCCCGAUAGAAACCGGGCGGAAAAACAGCUGAGCAGCGUACGACGACGUCCUCGACGGGGAAGUCCUCAUCUCCCGGCGACCUUGCCUGAUUUGCGUUCGGUUCCGCGAGACCAGGUGCGCGAGGAAACCCGCCGGUGUGAAGUGGUAGCCAACGUAGUGCCGGCGCCGGUAUAAUACACACCGUAUCGACAGAGAGAGAGAGAGAGAGAGAAAGAGAGUAUCGAGUUCCGCGAGCGCGCGCGGUCACGUUCGUUUCCCCCGUUCGACGUAGCCGCUACUGAUCUGUUUUUCUCGUGCCAGUGGUGAUCCAUGCCGCGGAAUAUCAAUGUACGUCACGUGCCCGCGUCCACGUCUUCGUCGCCGUUGCCACGGGAUCUCGGCUCGUCGUCGUCGGCCCGCGAAGGGGAUGCCUUCACCUCGUGACUCGACGAGAGAAUCCUGAGGGAUUAUAUGUGUUAUCGUGCCGCACAGCGACGCAACCUGGAUCACGCCGCCGAUCACGUUGGACAGCGCCGGGCAGCGAAGUUAGAAAAAGCGCAAGACGAUGUAUACUGACGGUCUCUUGACACUCCACUAUGGGAAACAUCCAGCGACCUUGGCCGCAGAGGUCGGGGCCUGGUACAGCGGGGAUCGUCACGUGGACGUGACCCUAGCAUGCGACGAUGGGUCCGUUGUGAAGGCCCAUCGCGUCGUUUUGGCAGCAGCCAGUCCUCUCUUAGCUAGUCUACUUCGGAAUCCUGCCCUGGACCACGUGGUUCAUUUGUCCGGCGUCCGAAAGACUCAGUUGAAUCACCUGUUGGAGUUUCUGUACAACGGGGAGGCACUGAUACCGUCGACAGAGCUCAUACCGUUGAAAGAACUCUUCGAGCUUCUUCAAAUCAAGUCGGAGCUGUCCGAGUCGAAUCAGCCUCAAACCUCUAAUAGCUCCGACCCGGAAAGGACACUAACUCCCCAGCCUUCUGAAGGCCAGGAAAGUUCCAGUUACGAAUCACAAUAUGACAGCAGACAGUCCAAUAAUCCCGCGGACUGUUGCUCGGUUCUCAUCAAGACGGAGGACUGCGAAGAGGAGCCGGAAGUGGACGUGGAAGGUAUGGGUAGCGACGCUACCGAUAACAGGGAAAGUAACAUAGAACCGCCUAGAAGAAGGGAUAGCUCCGAUCCUGUUAAUCUGAGCCUGAAUUCCGGCGCUUCUACCACGAGUGAGAGCUCGCACGACAUAGUGCACAGGUCGGAGAAGCAGUUACUCGAAAGGCGAGAAUCUCUCGAGGAGGUUGAAGAAAGGAGAAGACAGCUGGCGGCACGGCUCGCGUUAGGUUUAGAGCCUGGGAAGCCGCAGGCCGAAGAACUACCAAUCCCACCUGCGGAGGCGUACGUGGUGACGCCUCAUCGGAAGCGAAGGCCGGGAUUCCACAACGCUCCCGCGCAAAACCCCGCAUUCGUACCCUUUAAUCCCGGAUUCGAAACGCCGAGGAGACUGCAAGCGCCACAUCCCUUGAGUGUUUCGGCACCACCGUACCUGCAGGAUAGGUCAGUGACACCUCCAGGAGCGUCGCAUCGGCCGCCGAGCGCCGAUCCAGCGUCAGCGGCUGCCCUCGAGCCACCCUGGGGCGCUUGGACUCUACCACCCAGCAGAGCCCCGCCGCCGCCGGCCACGGAAGACCCGCCGAAGUCGACUCCCGUCCGAGAUUACCGGUGCAACUAUUGCGGCAAGCAGUUCGGCAUGUCGUGGAACCUCAAGACUCACCUGAGAGUGCACACGGGCGAGAAGCCGUUCGCGUGUCGAAUUUGCGUCGCUAUGUUUAAGCAGAAGGCGCACCUGCUGAAGCACCUUUGCUCGGUUCACAGGAGUCGGAUAUCCGCGCCGGAUAACACCUUCACGUGCUGUUUCUGCUCGUUGAGCUUCGACAGUCUGCAGGAACUCAUCAGGCAUCUGUCCGGGCCGCAUAACAACAUGCUGCUCAGCAAGAAUCUACAUAUACGCGACUAGCGACAGGAUCAAAGGCCGGCCGGUGCUGAGGAGUACCCCGCGAGCGCGAUGUGACGGGUCCCCGGGCGGGAUUUCACCAAGUCCCCGGAUGACCGUCGAUCGGAUCGUGCUCGGGAUACUCGGACCUUCUAUUCGGACCACUCUGAAAGAGUCUCUUAUAUAUGGAAUCAGUGGGAGAUUACGGAACCUCUUUCUCCGACGAGGGUUUCGCAAUGUACGAAUGAGUCCGUACCCGACACGGAGAUUUGUAUUUCCAAUUCGCAUUCUAUCGCUGAACCACCGAUGAAGUGAUAUUUUCUAAAGACACGUUUGUUGGAAUUUAUUUAUAGAAGAGAUACGUAUAAAAACGAAAAUAAAGAAAUUUAUACUCGGCUCGGAGAGAAAGAAAACAAACAACUUCGGAACGCAUUCGGUAUCUUAUCGUAUAACGCGUGCGUUCUGGCUGUAGUCACUUCUGCGGUUCACCUUCCGUAAGUUGUUGGAAUUUCUCUACGGUAUUCUCGUCACAUCGGUCCGCAUAACGAACAAUGUGUGCCUUUACUGCGAAGGAAGUACAGCGAGUUUCUGCGAGCGAGGAACACCCGAUUCUCCGGCUUACACGCGGUUAUUCCGAAGUCGAUCCCGUCUGAAUGCGGUCCGAAGGAGAUUUACAAUUCGUCUCGGACGUUCGUCUGAUCGAGCGAAUGCCGCCUUUACGCGAACCGUACGAGCGAAAGUUGCAAGAAGCACACACACGCGAGGCACACGACGAGGUUGCCGGUGGUCUUACGAAGGAAUGUGCGUUCUUUCUCAAUCGCUAGAUUUUCAUCAGUGCACACGCAAUCCCGAAAUCAGGGGGAAAACGCACGAGCGUGCACCGGGGGUGGCACGUCGGAGGCUUCCCGUUGGGUUUCUUCGGGGAUAAACUUCGGCGAACAGCACCGGAGAUCGCGGCCUUUGCUUGGAAAAUAACAACGUCCGGGGGUGGAUCUGGAAACACACGGAAAUCCUCACGAAAUCUUCCACCGUCGCGGUCGUCGUUCGCCGACGACUUCGCCGGGAGUGUUUUUUUAAUCACACAAACAAACGGUAGCGAUCGUUAAGAAGCGCUUUUUGAUCGAUGCCCGACGUGGAAAGAAAAAGCCGCAAGCUGUGACGAGCUAAGUGCGCGAUCGUCGGGCGUAAUCUUGGAAUAGUACAAGGAGGACAAUGAACGUACGGAGAGUCAAUUAUCGUCACGCGUCCCGACGGCGACGAUUUCUCUCUCUUUUCGUUUGCGUUUUGUUUGUUGUUAUUUUAUUUUAAUCGCGACACGUGGCGACAUCCGGCGAGACGUCCCGUUUACCUCAGCGCGUACGACUAAUCUCACACACACACACAGACACACGCACACACACACACACACACAUACACACAUAUAUGCACGCACAACUGUAAAUAAUGUUAAAUAGGAGAGAAGAAAUCGCGAAGCGAACGGAUUAGAAUUUAUUUAUUUCACGCUAUUGCAAAGGGACCAACCGACUUUCCACCGAUUUUCUGUCUUAGGUAGAUCUUAGGUGUCCUGCCCUCCAAUCGCCUCUACGAACUAACUGCUCGCCACAGCGAGAGCCGAACGUUUCGAUCGCGGAACAGCAUGGAAGUAUUCGAUCGGGACGCUGAAAUGAAGAAGAGUUAUCUCGAAACGCUAAACACACACACACACACACACACAUACACACACGACGGAAGAGAGCAUUAUCGGUGCGCUUAGACGAUUUUAUAAAUUGUUGAUUGCGACUUGUUGUCUAGUAAAUGUCAACGUUGUUAAUGUUCUAUUUUGUAAAAUUCCGUCUUCCAUCCCUCCUCCCCUCACACACACACACACAUGCACACACACGACGCCACGUCCUCUUCUUUCUCCGUCAUCCAGCCGUCCCGACAUACUCCCAUUCUCGGUACACCCUUCGAUAUAACUCAGCGACUCGAGUGCCUUGUCAAAAUGGGUCCAAAUUGGUCGAUUGGGCAGUGAUUUCAUGUGUUCAUAGGCUUAAGAGAACAUAGGCGUUUAAGAUGACGAUACGAGAGAGCUCGCUUAGAAAACAAAAAAAUGCGGAAGAAUAUCGAUUAAUUAAUUCACGUUAGGAAGUCUUUAAGGAUUUGUCUCCGAUUCAAUUUUCUCAAGUUUCGCUAAGGCUAAGUUAGGUUGUUGUAUCUAUAGUAGCUUUCUUUCCUUUAAUUUCACUUUUGUUUGGCGCAGGACGUCAUGUUCUAUUUUCACUUCUAAAUAGGCAUUAUGUUACCUAAGGUGCCUUGAAUGACCUCGACCUCUUUUUUGCUCCUUAAUUAAUAGUAUGAAAACCACCUCGACGACGCUCGAAUGUUUAAGAAGGUAAAGAAGAAACGACGGGAGGGGUGGGGGAGGGGGGAGGGAUUGGAAUUCACGCACUUAUCGACGAAAUGUUUCGGGAGGGAACGGUUGCGAAUGAGCAAAAUGAGCGGGAGAUUGUACAGAAUUUAGAAAAUGAUAUGUACGCUCCGGGGAUGCGUUAGUCUCGUUACGUUCACACCAAAGACAUUUUAUACGAAAGGGAAGGAAAGGAGAGGAGGAAAAGAAAAUCUGCGAAGUUGCGGAAAAGAAAAUCUGCGGUUAAUCGAGCGAACGAUAUGCAAUUUUAAUAUUUUUCAACCAACACGUGCGACAUUUCGCACGGUCCCCUUCAUUCUCGUUACUAAGUUCUACACGGCGACUGUACUUCGAAUUGUACUUCGAAGAUAUGACGAUCUUAACGUAUUACUUAACUAUUAUACCGAUCGUAUCGGGGAGAAAUAAACGAAGGGAGGUAAGGUAAACGUUCGACGGUGUACAUUAAUUAGCUUAAAUCUGUCGCGCGAAUCUCGUGGAAAAAGAAAAAAAAAAAUGUAAGUCGCGUAAGCAAAAGAAAGACGGUAUACAUUUUUUCAACGAUUUGCUUUUCCGGUCUCGAUGAACAUCGUACAUGCGUCAAAUGAAGCGUGAAGGAAAAUGAAUGUUAAAACGACCAAUCGGUGCUCUCUCUCUCUCUCUCUCUCUAUCUCUAUCUCUCUCUCUGUUAUUCCCGCGUUACCGCUCGUCCUCGCGAUCGCGAUCACUCGGGGUGGAAAAUAAAAAUCGGGUUUGGAAGGUCUUCUCUCUUCUUCACUUUCUCCCGUUGCGUCGUUCGGAGUAACGCCGUGACGGGGAGGCGGACAGAAGAACGGAGCAGAAAGAGAGGUUGGAGGGAUGGUGUGCGCUCUCGCAAAGCCAGGCAAAAACGGCCAGCACAAAACAAUGAACGUAAUGUGAUACUAAAUGAUAAUAAAGCUAAAGUAAUUAUUGUUUAGCGUGCGACGCCGCGGCGUUAAUGGUACGAGCGCGACUCGUGGCUCUCGACGUGGCCAGGAAGAAGCUUGCAGCCGUGAGAAAGAAGAAGAAGAAGAGAAAAAAAGGAAGAGAAAACGGCAGGAAACCGGCGAAGAAUGAUUUUGCGAGUCGCCUAAGUAAUUUAAGCGAUCAGCUUUUGUCACCAUUUUCCUCUGCCCUCCCAGCCCUCAUCACACGCUCCCGACUCCAAUCUCGUCUCUCCUCUUCUCGAGCCGUAAGCGCACUAGGAUUACGCAUUACAGAUUAAUCUAUUGUUAAUUAAUUACGUUUAGCACAUGCACGAGCACCCGGGUGUCCCUCUCGGGCGAGGAAAAAGAACAAAGAUCUCGAAUUUCGCUUUCGACCGGCCGAGCGGAUCGCGAAUGUGAAAGAAGACGAUACACUCUCACUUUGGUACGAUAUUAUUCGAUGUCGUAUUUUCGGGAGCUUCCUUGCAUAUCGGACGUAAUUGAACAUUAGCCGAAUGACAAUUUGGAUCGAGAGGUUUUAACGUACGCGAAGAAUAAUAAUCGGGGUAAUUUUGCGGGUACAACGGAGGCGUUGAUUUACUUUUUCCACGACCGCCGCCUCUCGUUGUGGGUUCCACGAAGAUGGCGUCUUCUUUUUCUCACCUAGGCAUCCGGGUGAAAACUUUGUAGAUAUUAAGCAUCUUCCAAGCGGGGCGCGAGCUCCGCGCGCUUUCUUAGUGUUCAUAGGUUUACGAGAAAUAAAUUAAUUCAGUUGGAAACUGUGUACGAAGAGAUAAACGGAAGCGAGCGCAGUCGACGAAA